CUUGAGAAUAUAUCCUCAAAAUAUCUUCUAGAGUUUGUCCAGCUACUCUGGUACCCAAGUGCUUUGAUGGACUUGGAAAAUUAGUUCUUAAAAAUGUCUUGUAGGAACUUUUACAUCUGGUUUUAAGGUAACCUGAAAUUAAUGAUGGAUUUUAUGUAUCUAUUUGCAAUGGAAGAAAUUAAUUUGUGUUAAUCGAAUAAUCGAAUAUAUAAAUGCAUAAUUAUUAUGAUCAAUUUUAAAAAUACCAAUGCUAAGAAACAGGUGCAUACAUAAAUUGCGCCAAAAAGUUAAAAUGAUGCUGCUUUGCUUACCCAACACCAAUUUAUUAAUGUGUUUUUCGUACUCCAUCGUAUUUGAAUUUGGUUCCUUUGGCACAAUAACAUCAGCACUUUCACAAUGUUUUUAAAAUGUAUUACAAAAUCUUCUAAAUAAACAGGUUUUUAUUACAAAAUUAAAAUAAAAAUCAGUUUGAAAAUGGAACACAAACAAAAGGGAUGCCAUAAUGACAGACUGUCUGUAAACUGUCAGUGAGUGAAAAAUCACCCCAGACAUUUUUCGUUAACUGGAAUAUAUCUAUCUUUUUCUUUCUUGUUGAAUAGAGUAGCGAAUUAUAUUUGUUGCGAGUGACUGAAUAAAAAAAAAGGUGAACGUAAACAUAACCUUACAAAACAAACUACUUUUUUCCGUAUUUGAUCUGAUUAUUUUGCAGACUUUUUUGUUGGAAAAAAUACACUUUAUUAGAUAAAAAUUCAUAUAUAUUUUGAAAAGACACUGAAGAGGAUCAUUGACGAACCCUUUAACGCAUAUUACUAUUCUACAAAUAAACAAAAUAAGCUUGUAAACCAAUACGAUGGAUGAAACUUCUGAUGAAAUUAAAAUGUGGACAUUUCUGGAUAAAGCCAUAGCAGAAACGAGAGAUGUACAAAAACUAAACAGUCUCCUUGAUAUAAAGCUAGGCAGCUCGCACAAAUCAAAUAAACUACAUUUUGAAUCUGAUUUUGUAUUAGAAAUUAUCAAGAAUAAUGAUUAUGAGCUUUUAAAGAAAAUCUCCUGUGUGUGCGACACAGAUGAUCAUUCCAUAAUAUUCAAAACCGUAAUUGAUUUCAUUAACACCACAAAAAACGAUAUCAAAUAUCAACUUACAAUUAUCAAUCUUUUACAUUUUUUAUUCAAAUCUUUUGAAACUAAAAUAUUUGAAAAUUUAAGCCCUAAAUUUAUAUAUAACUUUUUAAUAGCUAGUCUAAAUAUUCCAGAAAGCAAAUCGAAAGCUUUCGAAACUUUAACAUUAUACUUCCAAAUAUUUUCAGUAUCUGAAAAAAUACUAUGCCUCAAUAAGGUAUUUGAAUUUUCAAUGGCAAACAACAACUUGGACAUAUUUUGUGCUCUAUUGAAUGCCACUGAUAAGCAAGUAAUGAACGACGAAAAUUGUUGCUUCAAUAUUGAAAAUAGCAAUUUUUGGAAUUACAUAGAAUCAUGCAUAUCAAAUCAGAAGUCGCACUUACAAAAACAAGGCGGAUACGUUUUAGCUAAAUAUACUGAUUCAAAUGAUGAAUCUUGGAAGGCUUUUUUUAUUUUAAUUGAUGUUGGAAGGGAGAAACAAUUACAUUUAAUUGGCCCUUCGUUAAAUCUAUUUAAAUACAUUAAAGGUUUGCCAUUUUUAUGGCAAAAGUGUGUUUAUAAAAUUUAUCUAGAGCACACACAAACUACUAUAGUUUAUCAAGUGGCUAUUGAAAUGUUAAAGCAAUCAUAUCUUGAAGAAAAUCUUAAAGAAAUAUUCAGAAUAUUAUUUCCGGCUAUUAAUAAAAAUGAAUAUUCGUAUUUGUCAAAUGAAAUGUUUGAAGGUUUACAUGAUUUUUGUUUGAAAUUAAACAAAAAUCAACUGGAAAUUGUUGCUAAAGAGUUAAUUGCUGUUUCGUGGAAUAGUGUGAGCUUUUGGAAAGUUAUUCAAAGUGUAUUUGACAAUAAGGCUAGCGAAAAAAUAAAUUUAUAUCAAGAAGUUAUUAGUUGUGCUGCUAAUCUUACAAAUGUUUUUAUUAGACAUACAAGUAUUCAAUUUUUAAUUAAAUCAUUUUGGGACGAAACUAAUUAUGAAAAAUUAAUCAAAAUUGGUUCUUGUUGUUUUGAAUUAACCAAACAUAAUAAUUUUGAUUAUCUGCAAGACUGUAAAGUCUCCUUAAAAGUUUUGUUUAUGUUUAAAGAUGAUCCAAAGAAAAUUAAUCACUUGAAAAUAUGGAAACAAUGUCGAAAUUAUUUGUCAGAUUAUGAACUGGGAACUGUUUUAGUUGAUUUUUAUAUGACACAUUUAGAUGCUGAUAAUUGUGAUUUGUUUAUAAAUUUAUUUGUAAAUGCAUCAAUUGAAUCACAAUCAUUGAAUGCAAUAAUUAUUCAUGAGCCACUUUUUGCACCUCAAAAUUAUAAUCAAUAUCAAUUAUAUGCUUCAUUAGCUUUAGCAAGGUCGGGAAUAGAUAUAAAAAUUCACAAGAAUAAGGAGGCGAUUAUUAUUAGAUACAAUGAUAAGGCUGUAAUUGAAGUGAAAGAUUUCGGUAUUUGUAAUGCAUGUCUUGUUGAUAUUAUUUUUAAAUGGUAUCCAAAUUAUGAGGAUCCGGUUUUUGUUGAAAUUGUAACACAUAUAGUAAAAUCCCAAGGGAAUAAAGUUUUAUGUUAUUUAUAUGGAAAACUGAAAAGUUUACUUGAAUUUACCACAAGUGAGAAUCUAGUCGUUCAUUUUAUUAAUUUAUUUUACCAAAAUCUAUUACAAAUAAAACGAGAUCAAUAUUUUAAAACUAUUGCAAUUAAAUUCAUUGAAGCCUUAUUAUGUUCCUCGCAUUAUUUUUCAACAUAUAGUUUUCUUCAGACAAAUUAUUAUAGUUUAGUUGAAUUUUCUAAAUCGUCUUCCUUAAUAAGAUUAAGCUGGUUACAAAAUAUAAGGAAGUUGUAUAGUAAUGACAAAGAAGUGUGUUUGAAUGAAACAUUUUUGGAAUACAUAUGGCCAAUAUAUAUGCAAGGAAUGAAGAUAACUAAAGAUGAAAGAACUGAAUUCAAUCUUUGUCAAGAGUUUAUCUGCAAUGGAGAUGUUAAAAAAAUAGAAGAAUAUGGAGAAUUUUCAAACCCUAAUUUACUUAAUGCAACAUCAAGGCUGUCAGCGAUUAAUAUUUUAGUUGAUUUUGCUGGGAAAGCAUCUGAAAUAUUUAUUAAUUAUGUGCUUGAGAAAUUCAACAAAUAUUACAAGAAGCGUUAUUUUCCUGAUUCAGCGAUUCACUAUGAAAAGUUACGUAUUAUCCAGAUUCUCCUAUGGAUUGUGAUUGAGACCCGUGAGAAAGUACCAAAAAAACUACUAGAAGUCUUACGUACUUUUGUAUUUAAUUGUUUUCAAGAGGAAACCAAUCAAAAUUGUAUUAAGCAACUUUUAAAUUGGCUUCUGAUAUUGGCCUCAGACAAUGUUGGAACGGUGUUUGACUGGAUUGACAAAAACGUUCCCAAUUUAUCUUCAUCAGUUUUAAUUAAUGUAAUGCCAGCAAUAUAUCAUUUGGCUUUAACUGAUGAUAAUGAAGAAUCUUUGGAAAAAACUAUUAAAAUGUUACUACCUUGGACUAUGGGUGCUCAAUUAAAACUACGCGUCUAUGCUCAAGACAUAAUAAGUAGAAUCUUUAAAUAUGCUCAACAAAAAAACUACAAACAUCUUCUGGACAAACAUAAUUCUUUGCAAAUUUGCAUUGCUACCUGCAUCGAAUCAACUGGUGAUAUUUUUGAAAAUACUUUGAAAACAGAUUUAGUUUUCCUGGAAUAUUUUAAUCCAGUCACGGACAAGACAUAUCCAACUGUAUUUUAUGAUAUUCCUAGAUUAAAUAGAGUGAAUCCAACAGAGUGGAUGAAUUUGAACAAAUGCCCUUCUGCUACUUUUUCAAAUGCAGUUGAUACAUUUUUAAGCAAAAACCAACCCUUGAUCAACCCUACCAGUCAAUUAACUCUAGCAGAUCCUACAAUGCACAUUCAAAAAAAAAUCACCCCCUGGAAAAGUGCACUGGAAAACUCUCAAACCGCUCCAAUCACAACCGACUUUAUACUUGUAGCUUCGCUAAUAGAAAAAUCCCAAAACUUGGGUGGACUUUCCAGGACCUGUGAAGUUUUCGGACUGCAAACUUUGGUAUUUAACAAUGCAAAAAUCGUAGAAGAUAAGGAAUUUAAAAGUUUGAGCAUGUCAUCCGAGGGCUGGAUAAAUGCUGUUGAAGUUAAAGUCCAGGAUUUGAGGGAUUAUGUUUUGAGUUUGCAGAAAGAUGGGUAUUUUGUUGUGGGCGCCGAACAAACAGCUGGUAGUAAGAAGUUGAACGAAUUUCGAUUUCCACGUAAAAUGGCGUUGGUUUUAGGAAAUGAGAAAACUGGCAUUCCACCAGAUCUAAUUCCAUUACUAGAUGUUUGCUUGGAAAUUCCACAAUUCGGUGUAACCCGCUCCUUGAAUGUUCACGUAGCAGGUGCCACAUUUAUUUGGGAAUAUGCAAAACAACACUUAGUUUAAGAAAAUACUUUAUGUUAUAAUGGAAUUUUCAGGGUACAUAAACAAGUUUCUUAAUAAUAGAUAACAUUUUUUUUAAAUACUUAUACAAAGGUAAUAAUUCCUAGAAAUAUAAAGUCUUAAUGAGACCUUGCAAUCUCUGAGAAAUACUGCAAAAUGUCCUCAAUACUAAAUUCCAAAGUAACCAUAGACCCUGGAUAACAUUGCUGUAUUAAUUCUUCCAACAUUUUGUAUUGCCUUAUAAAUUCUUCUUGCAUAGCCCUCCAAACAACUUGCAACAAAUUGCUUUCUUCCGAUAAAUGUUUCUCCACUUUUUUGUACAAAGAUUCUAUACCUUUUUUAACUGUACUUCCCGGAUAUUGAUUAAUCACUUUUCUCAAUUCUUGUUUACUGAAUGCUAGUUGGUAACUUACUUCAGAGGCUUUGACACCACUUGCAACUUUAGCUUGAACACCUUCAAAAAACGUCUAAAAAGGAAUCAAUGAGACAAAUUGUAUUAUUACAAUAAAAACUAUUACAUUUAACUUUUCCAAUGGCCUACCAAAAUAUAAAGUUACAUAAGACUGUAAGGCAUCACUAUAUCUUUGUUUAGCUUCUUUUCUUUGAUUAUCGAGUACAGAUAUUUUCAACUGAGAUAAUAAAGAGUAAAGAUGGUGAUAGUUUUCUAAAAAAAAAAAACAAUAAUAAUAAGAAAACCCCAUUAAUAAACAAAAAAUUUUACCCAUUUUUGUAACUUGUGAAGGCGUCUUUUGCUCAUUAGCAUGUACAGGUAUAUAAUCAAUAAUGAUAUCAAUUAAUCGAGUGUACCAUUUUUCCAAAUCGGCAGCCCUAUCGCUCCUCAAUAAACACUCGACAUUAACAGCGAAAAUUUCCAAAUUUGAAACAUAAGGCAAAAUGCCAACUUUGGAUUUUCUUGCCAAACGACACUCUUUGACCGAAUCGAUUUGGGUUUGCAUAAACUGAUCCAGCGAACGUUUUACUUCGAUUAGUUGAGAGGCAAAAGUGUUGCUGAGAAACGAACUUUGUGCUGACAUCACGUGCUGAUUCAAGCAAACCAAAACAUACAUACAAUAACUAAAAUAAAAGUUCAAAACCCCAAAAGCAACAUACAAUAAUUGCAUACUUACAAACUAUCUUGUCUUUUAACAUUAUCAAUUAACAAAUCCAAUUCUGUUUUUAAACAAGCAAACAAAUUACUCAUCAUACUUUUAACGUCUUCAUCAAUUUGCUUUUCAACCUUUUUUUGUGGCAAAAUUAUUUCGGUACUAACUUCGCUGCCAUCCAAAGUGGUAAGGGUAUUUUUAGAAGUAGGACUUAGCACAUCUAGUUGAAAAAAUUUAACGCAAAAUUGUUGCUCUUGCAUAAACACUGGUUCCAAUUGUGUAAGGACUUGUUCCAAAAUUGUCUCGUAGCGUUUUCUAUCUGAAGAACUAGUUUCUAGAGUCCAAAAAUCUCUAUCUAAGCCUAUGAGGGUGGUGGGUGAUUGAACUGGAUAAGCUCCGAUUUUUUCUCUUGCUGAAUUGAAUAAACUUCUCAAGUCUCUAUCGUAUAAUUUGCCCAAUGAUGAUGUGUAAACUUCUUUGAGUGAGUCGUACAUUUUUUUAUCCAUGACCUAAUGAAGUUAAGACAUUAUUUAAAGAUUGAUAAGGUGUUUUCAUUCGGGCUUAAUGGCCAUCGUAAGUUGGAAUUUCUUCCUGACGUUUCGCUAGCAUGCGUGGCUAGCAUUUUCAGAGGUGCUUCCAUGUCCGAUUCUGGUAGCAGACUGACGCGUUUCCGACUGUAACUUGUAUUUAUGUGCAAGUGGCUGUGGUGGGGCUUCGCGGCACAUGGCUAAUCUCAACUUUCUCUGUACUGAAUGUGACCUUUCUUGCGUUUUCGAGGAUCGGGUUCCAGAUUUGGUUAAGUUUAAGUAUUUCUUCUUUCCUGUUGUGGAUUUCUAUAGCGUCACAUACAAGACGCUUGUAGUAUCCGGAAGUCGGUGCUAGAAACCAAAGAGUAUUUCAUGAUUGCCCAAGUCUGCAGUUUCUUUUGUGCACAUUCAUCCUGGUGCCCAUGGAUCCUUUUGUCGUUCCUAUGUUUACCUUACCACAUGUGCAUGGUAUACGAUAGAAUCCAGCGCUUGACAGUGGGUUCCUCUUAUCCUUGGCUAAUCUGAUUGAUUGCUGUAUUUUUUUUGUUGGCUUAAAGAUUGUUUUUAUGUUGUGAUUCUUCAAGACUUUCCUCAUCCUGUCUGUCACCCGAGAAAUGAAAGGCAGAUAUGUAUUAGCCACUACUGGUUGUUCAUCCACCUUUUGUCGUGUGGCAGUUUUGGGUCGCAUGGCCCUGUCGAUUUCAGAUGCAUUGUAAUCAUCCUGCUGACCGGGCUGAGCGGACUUCCCAUAGUUACACGGUCCGUUUGCUCGUAGAAAUCGCUAUUUUGCAGGAAGUAACUACCAGUGAGACAUGUCCGGAAAAGCUCAACUAUGUCAUUGGGAAAGGUACUUGAUAUCAAGUCAAGAGAUUCUGUCAAUUCAAUGGCACUUCUGUGAAUAGGGACGCGACAUCAAAGCUGACCAGGAUAUCCUUGGGUUAAAGAAUAAUAUCUCUAAUUUUCAGGACAAAGUGAAUGAAGUCCUUGACGUAACAGCUAGUUUUUCCUACAUGCGGUUGAAGAAGCGAUGCAAGAUGUUUCGCUAGGUUGUACGUUGGUACUCCAGGUGCCCUCACUAUAGGUCUUAGCGGGUCUUCCGGUUUGUGAAUUUUGGGUAGGCUGUAGAGUCGUGGUGGAGCUGCUUCUGUUAUUAUGAUGCCUUUCUUAACUGCGUCUGUUAGGGUAGAUGAGCUAAUCAGUUUGUUGUUUUUCCGGAGUAUGGCUUGGGUAGGAUCCUUCUUUAGCUUUCGGUAGGUAGAUGGAUCAAGGAGUUCCUGAAUUUUCCAGUUGUAGUCUUCAGUUCUUAACAGGACAGUGGCGUUGCCCUUAUCUGCAGGUAGGAUGAUCAUAUCUUCCGCUGAAUUCAGGUUCUUAAUUGCCAUUAGUUCCUCUUUAGAGAGGUUACUGGUUGGUGGUCGAGCCUUUCGUAGAACGUUGGCCGUCUCAACCUGGAUUUCUUCCGCAGCUCAGGUAGUGCUCUGAUGGCUGCUUCAGUGCUGGCUAUAAUCUCCUCCAUUGGCAGGUGUUGUGGAGUGAUUGCGAAAUUACUGCCUUUUGCCAAGACGGCUGUUGCCUCUCCGGUAAGGACUCGAUCCGUGGGAUUGAUGACCAUUCUGGAUUUGUCAGGUGGUGGGGAAUUUCGGGUUUGUUUCUUACAGGGUGACGAGACAGGAUAGGUAAAAGUCUUGAAGAAACACAACAUAAAAACAAUCUUCAAUCCAACAAGAAAAAUACAGUAAGCAAUCAGAUCAGCCAAGGAUAAUAGGAAGCCACUGUCAAGCGCUGGAGUCUAUCGUAUACCAUGCACAUGUGGUAAGGUAUACAUAGGAACGACCCCCUGGUUCCCAUGGAUCUUUAUCCAUGGGAACCAGGAUGAACGCACAAAAAAAAACUGCAGACUAGGGCAAUUGGAAAAAUCGGCAGUUGCGCUUAGUGAAGGGAAUCAUGAAAUACUCUUUGGUGAGGUCAAGCUUCUUGCACCGACUUCCGGAUACCACAAUCGUCUUGUACUUGAAGCUAUAGAAAUCCACGAACAUACGGAGAACUAAAACAGGAAAGAAGAAACACUUAAACUUAACCAAAUCUGGAACCUGAUCCUCAAAAACGCAAAAAAGAUCCCAUUGAGUACAGAGAAGAUUAGCCAUGUGCCGCGAAGCUCCGCCCCUCUUCCACCACAGCUACUUACACAUAAAUACAACAUACGGUCGGGAACGCGUCAGUUUGGUCUGCCAGUGGCGGCUCUUCCUUAGGUUUGCAGGUUUGCGCAACCCCCAAAACAAAACUUAAAAAAUAUAAAACAAAAAUAGUAGAACUAAAUUUUAGUACCUAAUUAUACUGCGGCAACACCCAACAUUUCUCAUAUCGGGUCUUCAAAAAAAAAACCAAUCGAAGAUUGCUUUGAUUACGAAAACGUACGUCGCAUUCCUGUUUAUUUAUUGGACAGUAUUAUUGACAAAUCAUUUUGACAUUAAAGUUCAUUGAGAAAAUUAAAUAAAAAUAUUGCUAAGACAUACGUUUAAAAAACCAUAGCAAUCUUAGAUUGGUUUUUUUUUUUUUGAAGACCCGAUACCUUUUCACCGCACAACAUAUGGUGAAAAUAAUCCUAUUGACAGAUAUAUGUCAUUAAUUAAUAACUUAAAUAUUGAUAUAUUUGAUAUGACCCUAGGUCAAUUAAAAACGUACCUGAAGAAUAUGUGAUAUUUUUUGUAUAACAGGGUCAAUUCUGGUUUGUAUAUUAUUUGUUGUACCUAAUUCUAUUUUAUGUUUCCAUAUGUUAACUACUCAUUAAGUAUCAAGAUCAAGAUAUUUUUCAUAAUACCUACAUACUUUUACUAAUACUAAUACCUACUUACUUAAAAGAUGAUUUUUG